CUACGACGGAGAAUCGGAAUGUACGCCUCUCGCUGCUACGGCAACAUUAUUGCUAGCAAAACUUGCUAAGCUACGACGAGGCUAGCGCUAAGCUAUGCAUUACGCGUUAGCUUCGGCUCGCUAAAAGCACCCACAAAGCGACAAAAGCCUGCUUUUUUAGGUGACCAACAUGAUCCCAAGCAUGCAAGAGUGACGACAAUCUAUUUGGACUCCUCCUAUCGGGAUUACUUUCCAAGGAAUCCCCCCAAACAGCCCCCACUGCGACUUGUCAAGAUUUCCCAUUAUGUUUUGCUGCACGUGAACCAUGUGAGGGUCUCUGAGUUGGCGUCUGGGGAAAAGACUUGACCCUGUCUGUCCCUGAAAAUUGUGCUUCCCCACCCCUUGGUCCCCUCCCCCCCCCCCCUUCACUCCCCUCAACCCCGCCGUCCUCACAUUCCCCAUCUCCUUACCUAAAAAAGGAGACACGCCAUGAUGUUCAGAGACCAGGUAGGUAUCCUCACGGACUGGUUCAAGGGCUGGAACGAGUGCGAACAGACAGUGGCCCUGUUGUCCCUCCUCAAGAGGGUGUCCCGCACCCAGGCUCGCUUUUUACACAUUUGCCUUGAACACUGGUUGGCGGACUGCACAGAAAUUCACAUCUUAGAAGCAGAGGCCAACAAUGCAGCCAUAGUCAACCAGUGGCACCAGGAGCCCAAGGAGAAAGUGGUGUUCUUGCUCUUGUCCCAUCUGCCUUUGUUGCAGCCACGCAACAGCGAGGCCAAAUGUGAGUACAUGAAGCUGCUGCAGAAGGUGUUGAGUCACACCAUUGAGAGUAGCUUGUUUGUGGAGGAGAGCAGACAGCUACUGUCCUACGCGCUAAUCCACCCCGCCACCACGCUGGAGGACCGCACGUCCCUGGCUAUGUGGCUCAACCAUCUAGAGGAACACCUAUCCGGCGGUUAUACGCCGGCCACACGGGCGCCCCCCAGCCCGUACCACCCCCGUCAGGGUUCAGAUGAGUGGGCCGGCUCGGCCGAGGGCCUGGAGCCCGGCCAGGCCUGGCACGACAAGUCCCCCUCGUCCAGCACGUCUCCUGCAGGCCAGAACGGGCACAUGACUUUUCCGGGCGGAUUGUCCUCUCCUGUCAACAGCAAUAAUACAGGACUAGGCGGGCAGAUGCAGCCCAGCCCUCUGAAGAAAUCCGCCAUCCCCUCCGGUUCACAGUCGUGUAACUCUGAUUGGCUCGGUCAGGAUGACAUGGGAAGCCGGCAGAACUUCCUCCCGACGGACCACGCGCCGCUCUCCCCGCAGAGCAGCGUGGCGUCCUCAGGCAGCGAACAGACUGAAGACCAGGGCUCGGUACGCAACACCUUCCAGGAGGACGGCAGCGGCAUGAAAGAUGUUCCCGCGUGGUUGAAAAGUCUCCGCCUUCACAAGUACGCAUCGCUUUUCUCCCAAAUGAGCUACGAGGAGAUGAUGAUUCUCACGGAGCAUCAUCUGGAAUCUCAGAACGUCACCAAGGGAGCGCGGCAUAAAAUUGCCUUGAGCAUCCAAAAACUGCGCGAGCGGCAGAGUGUCCUCAAGUCUUUGGAAAAGGACAUUUUGGAAGGAGGAAACCUGCGCAACGCUCUGCAGGAGCUGCAGCAGAUCAUCAUCACGCCUAUCAAGGCCUACAGCACGUUGACGCAGACCCCGCUGGAGCCGGCCGGCUCCCCUCCCGAAGCCGCAAAGUCGGCCGCGGAUAAAGACGCGGCCCCCGAGGGAUUCCAUUCUCACAGCGACGGAGACUCCUCGGUGACGCCCAUCUCGGACGGUGACAUUGCCGGACAGUUCACCCGAGUCAUGGGCAAAGUGUGCACGCAACUGCUCGUGUCCAGGCCAGAUGAGGAAAAUAUCAGCUGCUACCUCCAGCUCAUCGAGAAAUGUCUAAUACAUGAGGCUUUCACGGAAACCCACAAGAAACGUCUGGUUUCCUGGAAGCAGCAGGUCCUCAAACUGCUCCGCCUGGUCCCUCGGAAAGCCAUGCUGGACAUGCCCGUGUACCGACAGAAAGGCUGGGCCUACGGGUCCAACUCCCUCCCCACAGCGGGCUCUGUGAGCGGAGGCGUGGGCCGGCGGGGCCAGAGGCAGUUUCAGAUAACCCCCCGCGGACUCCAGGCGGGGCGCAUAGGUCUGUUGAGUCCCGGCGGAAUCGGCGGCGUCUCUCCUCGCCACACGCUCACCAGCCCCGCCGGGCUGGCGGGCCAAGGUCGUCAGAGCCUGUGGUUUGCCAACCCCGGAGGCAGUAACAGCAUGCCAAGUCAAAGUCGCAGCUCCGUGCAGCGGACCCACUCGCUUCCUGUCCACACCUCCCCGCAAACCAUGCUCAUGUUCCAGCAGCAAGAUUGCCAAGUUCCAGGCGCUGACCUGGAGAUCAACCCAACGCUGGAGUCGCUGUGCCUCAGUAUGACGGAGCACGCCUUAGGCGACGGAACUGACCGGACAUCGACGAUAUGAAAAGAAGACAAAAGAGAGUGGGGGGGAAGAAAAAAAAAAAAGCUCCUCAUCACCCAGCACAAAAAUUACGUACGCUCGAGCAAACCAGGCAAAGCAGUCACUACAUAAUGACAAAAAAACUGUGUAUAUGUUCUCUAAUAUUUUUCUACUUUAUUAUAUACAGCUAAGUUUAUUAUUACAAAAAAAAAAAAAAGGAAUACAGAUAAUUAUUAUAUUGCAGGACAGGCAGGAAGGUUGCCGCCCGUGUCACUUGCAGGACUGUGACAUGGCGCAAUGGCGAGCGAGACAGAUAGGUGCUGUCUUCAAAACGGCCCUUUUUGAGUUCUCCUUCUUUUCCUCCUUCUGCGCAGACCUGCACUGCCUCGCGUGUUGAUCGGCCGCAUGUAAGGCACUUGGAUACAAACGGCACCGGGCUGUAAUUGGCUUAUGAAGACACUUUUGAGAGCCCGAAAAGGCGUCUGAGAACUUGUUGAAACGGCGACUUGUCACCUCACGGUCAUGCCGCCCAAAGGCGGGCGUCGCCUUUUAGUUGAAGCGUUCCGCCCUGUAGACUCCUCCUCUCCACUAAAGCCAAAGAGAAGGGUUGUUCGGUCGAUAGUUGAGCCGGGAAAAAAGUUCUGGCGACGGAAUGGUUGAGCAGUCGGAGAACGCUCGGCUGCGUUUUGUCUCCGUUAUCCUUUUUUUUUUUUUUUUUUAUUAAACUCCCUACCGGCGUCAAUGAUGAUGAAUUAUCACGUUGUGCCGAGGAGCGAGGGCCGGCCGAGGGUUGGGCUAUUGCACAAGAGCUGAUUUCAAACCUGGUUCCUCUCCAGGGACCCCAAGCACACGGGUCCUCGGUUUUUAACAUGCCAUGGUCUCUCACUAACCCGGCGGGAAAAAAACGACCUUAUUUGAAAACAGGCCAUAAAUAGGUAUAAAACAAUCUAAUGGAAAAAAAAAGUAACCCAUUCAUAACAUUGUAAAACGAGUACGCCAUAUUGACGGAAGAUUCUCAUCUACUGUAAAAAAGGGAAAAAAAAAAGAAAACACUGAUUGGGAAUCCCUAAAAUUGUUUCAACUCUUGACAAUCGGCCCCCCAAAAUACACCCUCUUUCCUCACACGUGACGAUUUGAUGACUCAUGCAUUUCCAAGGUGCUCCAAGAUGUCCGUAUUUUUCCGUUAGCGUCUGUGUUUCAGUAAACCCUCGACAUUAUCGCGUGGUAUCAGUGUUGAAGUUUUUUUUUUUUUUUUUUAAAAACAAAAUAAUAAUAAUAAAGAAACAGAAGAAGCGGUCUUCUAACCCCGGCGUCUGUCUUGGAAUGUGGCAGAGCGGAGGUGCAUGUACCUUUUGGAUAUGGUCUCUCUUUUGGAUCACUUUGUUUGUUCGGUUGCUUCGUAAGGCAGGGAUAACCGUUUGAGUUUUUUAUUUUGGUAAAGAUGGUCAUACAGUGGAACCCCCAAAGUUGAUUUAUUCCAAUCUGAAUUUGCUGUUUCUACAAAUUAAAAUUGUGUUUUACAUAGGGCGGGACCAAUUUGGAUUUUUGUUAGGCCGAGUCUGAGAUUUUUCAGGAUAAAAUUCAGAUAUCCAUAAUUAAUCGGUUGAUUAUUACUAUUUCUAAAUAUAUAAUAAAUUGAUCUUUUUGUGUAACGCUUAAAACAAUGAAGAUUGAAAAGUCACAUUACUGUAGCGAUGAUUUCAGCUAAAUAUUUUUGACAAAAUAAUUUUCUCCGAUUGACUGCCGUGUAAUAAAUUCUUUGAUUGUACAAGAAGCAGCUAGACAAUUUUCUAUCUCGCGUAACUAACAAACAAAAAAAACCAAUUUGAAAUGCCAUUUAAUUCCAAAUUCUUUCAUGACUUUGGAAGUUCCACUGUAUCCACAAAAUUUGGGGGUUGUUUUUUUUAAACUCUCCCUCGAUACGGAUAACUUCUGCUUUCUUUCUAUAAUCGCAUGUUUUUACGGCACUGUUGUAGAUAAGAGGUGAACGGACAUCUUGCAACUAAAGUUGUGUGUAUGCUUCAGCGUGUGCGUGUGUUUAAAAACGCCUGUUUACAUCUUUCUAGAAAAUAAUGCCCGUGUCAUUAUGUGAAAAAACAGAACACCCCCCUUUUUUUUUUUUUUUUUUUUUUGCGGAUUUUUAACAUGUUGGCUUCACGGUGUCAAGUUAUAUCGCAGUCACGGUUUUCUUCAGAGCAGGCUCUUGGAUACAUCUGACUUACGAAAAAAAAAAAAAAAAAAAGACGCAUCACGCUCGUGCCCGACAUGGACCUCAAACAACGGCAGUUGACAUUUUUAGGACUUGUGUUACAUAUAGCUCGCAUUACGAAGCGCCGCGGUAGAAUGCGGUACAGUGGCCGUGCAGAAUUAUGCGUUUUUCUGAGCCACGCUCGAUGACUAACUUGUCAAACACUACACAACAAUACAAGGCCAAGGAGUACUCCAUGUUUACAUUCCACUGAUGCACUUCCAAUUUGUGUGUUUCUGCACACGGACAGGGGUGGGGAACCUGCGGCCUUCUCCCCCGGUGGCUUAUGGUACACAUAAAGUUCUGAAUGGGCCUAAGGUCAACCUAAUUCGACCUCUACACUUUUCAUUUGGAACUUCUCCGCAUUUUAAUUUUCUAUAUUUCUGGGUUCCAUUAAAGUCAUACUGCGUUUUGGUAUCAUCCUGAAAUUUCACCCAUAAACCUUUUGCUGGAUGAGUCAGCUCAUGUUUGCUUGAAUUUUGGAUGGGCCUCAGAGGACCAAGUGGUUCCCCCCCGUCCCUGCAAGCGGUGCUUACAGUCAUGCUGAGAUCAUCAAUGUCCCUGCCAAGCUUGAUUGAUGCAUUCGAUGCAACCAGGCUGUUGCUUUUUGUCUUAACACAAUUUAUAUAUAUUUUUUCCAUUUCAUUCAAGACUACCCAAAUAGUUUCUGUUUUAUGAACUCUUGUGCAUCCCGUGCUUGCUUUUGUUUUGUCUUUUUUUUUGUUUUGUCUUUUUUUUUUUUUUACUAAGUCCUAUUUGUGAAUGGUCUGAAGUGCAGCAUUUGUCAAAUCAUUGACAGUCCAAAUAAAGAGGUUCGGUUCUUUUUGCAACAGAA